AUGUAUUUUGAGUGUGCCUGUAUAUGCUCCGCUUUGGUGAUUGUGAUUGCUAUGUUUUUGUUAGUGAUCAGAAGUCUGAAUCCGAAAUGCACUGAUAAUUGCUAUCGUAACGCAGCAGUGGCAACAGAUGCAGAAACUUGCUCAGAUAUUGGAAGGGAUAUCCUGAAGCGUGGAGGUUCAGCAGUGGAUGCUGCUAUCGCAGCUCUGCUGUGUGUGAGUGUGGUUAACCCACAAAGUAUGGGCAUUGGAGGUGGAGUGGUGUUCAACAUAUACAAUGCCUCAACAGGAAAGCUGGAGAUAAUUAAUGCUCGAGAGACUGCCCCAAUGAGUGCUACAGCAAACAUGCUUGGCAAUAAGCCCCAAACAGAUUAUCCAGGAUUAUUAAUAGCUGUACCAGGAGAACUGCGCGGUUAUAAAAUGGCACAUGACAGGCACGGGAGACUGCCAUGGAAAGAGCUGUUUGAGCCCAGUAUAGAGCUGGCAUGGAAGGGAUUUCAGAUUGGCGCAGCUCUGGCCAAUGCCAUCAAUGAGACGAAAAAAAAAUUUCUGAAAAAUACAACAUUGUGUGAAGUGUUUUGUGACGCAGACUAUAACCUCCCAAAGAAAAAUGACUAUAUAAGAUUUUCCCAACUAGCUGCCACCUAUAGGAAGAUAGCAGAAGAAGGACCGGAUGCAUUUUACAAUGGGUCCCUGACUAAGCACAUAGUGGAUGAUAUUAGAGCUGCAGGAGGAAAUAUCACACAUAAGGACCUAGAGGAUUAUGAGGCAGAGUUGACAGAGUAUGCACUGAACUUUACAGUGGGGAAAUACACAUUCUAUGCUCCAACUGCUCCAUUUGGUGGACCUGUGCUCGCUCUGAUAAUGAAACUCCUGGGCAACGAGUGUGUUAUUGAGUACACAGAUGUGAUCCUGAACUACCUGUACUUUGACUAUAACCUGACGAAGGCUGUUAAUCAACCCAGAGUUCAGAUCACAGAAAAUGCAACAUGUGUGGAUGAUGACUUCGAUGAGGGUGUGAUUGAUGGUCUAAAGGAGAGGAAUCAUACUAUCAUUGUUAGAAAUACUGAAGAUUCAGUGGUUCAGGCGAUUGGACGAGAAGGGGACAAAAUCUGUGCUGCAUCUGACUUCAGGAAAGAUGGCAAACCUAAUAAUGCAAUACCUAAUUUAAAGGCGAACACGAUCAGACAGUGUAGGCUACUGUAUAUAUUCAUCGCUUUUUUGGUUGCAAUGGUUUUGUUUCUCACACCGACUCAAAGAUCUGCUGUGAUGCACACUCCACGCUCUAUACUCAUUGGAACACCCACUACACCCAAUGUGACAGUCACUGGAAAUUGUGACGCUAAAGCAGCAGUGGCAGCAGAUUCAGACACUUGCUCAGAGAUUGGAAGGGAUAUCCUUAGCCGCAAUGGUUCAGCAGUGGAUGCUGCUAUCGCUGCUCUGCUGUGUGUGAGUGUGAUUAAUCCACACAGUAUGGGUAUCGGAGGUGGAGUGGUGUUCACCAUAUACAAUGCUCUAAACGGAACGGUGGAGACAAUUAAUGCUCGAGAAACUGCCCCAAUGAAUGCUACAGAGAAUAUGUUUGUCAAUAAAACCUGUAAGAAAUAUGCAGGGUUGUACAUAGCUGUACCAGGAGAACUGCGUGGUUAUGAAAUGGCACACGAAAGGCACGGGAAACUGCCAUGGAAAGAGCUAUUUCAGCCUAGUAUAAAGCUGGCAUCAGAGGGGUUUAAGAUUGGCAAAGCCCUGGCCAGAGCCAUCAAUGAGAAAAAAGAAAAAUAUUGUAACUUUACAGCAUUGUGUGAAGUGUUUUGCGACUCAAACAACACCCUCCUGAAGGAAAAUGAUACUAUAAGAUUUCCCAAACUAGCUGAAACCUACAGGAACAUAUCAGAAGAAGGAGCAGAUGCCUUUUACAGUGGGUCCCUGACUGAGGACAUAGUGAAUACCAUCAAAAAUAAAGGAGGAAAUAUCACACCUGAAGAUCUAAAGCAUUAUAAGGCCGAGCUAAAUGAAAGUACAUUGAGCUUUAAUGUGAGUAAUUACACAUUUCAUGCUCCAACUGCUCCAUUUGGUGGACCUGUGCUCGCUCUGAUACUCAAUAUACUCCUGGGAAAGGGUUUCAACCUCACAAACAAAAGUAUGUCUACCACAGAGAAUAAGACUUUGACCUAUCAUCGCAUCAUAGAGGCUUUCCGCUUUGCUGAUGCCCAGAAAAAAAAUCUGUCAGACCCGCUUUCUGGAAACUCCAGUCAGUUUGUCAAAAACAUGAUCUCAGACAGCUUUGCGGACCACAUCAGGAGUCUGAUUAAAGAUGACCACAAACAAAUCAGCUACAGUGUAGAGAAGGACAAUGGCACAUCUCACCUGUCUGUCCUCGCUGAAGACGGCAGUGCAGUGGCGGUGACCAGCAGCAUUAAUAACUAUUUUGGCUCUUGUGUGAUGUCAGACUCAGGCAUUAUAUUUAAUGACCAGAUGGCAGAUUUUAUUGACUCUGACAUGAAAAGUGAAGCUAACAAAAUUGAACCAGGUAAAAGGCCACUGUCAUCAAUGUGUCCAACAAUAAUAUUUGACAAAGACGACAGCAAAAAAAAAGUCAGAAUGGUGGUUGGAGGUUCAGGAGGGACGACUAUCACCACAUCUGUUGCUCAGGUGAUCCUAAACUACCUGAUCUUUGGCUAUGACCUGCAGAAGGCUGUUGCAGAACCCAGAGUUCAGAUUGCAGAAAAGUGGACACAUGUGGAGGAGGGAUUUGAUGAGUGUGUGAUUGCUGGCUUGGAGAAGAGGAAGCAUUGUAUUGAUUUUGAUGCUGCAUUAUCAAAGGUCCAGGUGGUUGCACGACAAGGAGACAAGAUCUGUGCUGUUUCUGACCAGAAGAAUGGUGGAUUUCAGAUGCUGAGCACAGCUUUUGUGUUUCUGCUGUUGUCAACCAUAUUUUCUCAUGAAAUAGCAGUCCAAUAG